AGGGAGGAACACUCAGGAGUGUCGGGAAUCUCAGCAAUCCAUCCAUGAGCUCUCUCUGCUCACACCGAGCAGGUCGAGCCCUCAGUGACACGAUUGUUUUGUCUGAGGAUGUGCUGCUGCUCAAAUCUCAUCCUCCUGCUGGGCCUUAAUUCCUUCAAAAUGGAAACUUUUGGCUCCAGCUCUGCUUUCCACCCCAUGAGACCUGGGUGAAGUGCUCUAGGAGCAAUUCCUGCAGGAGGAAUUCCUGUCUCCUYUGCUCCUGGUACCUCCUGCUGCUGUGUCUUGAUGGAUUUAUCUUUCCAAAUGCACCUUUUAUCCUCAAAUCCCUCAGGGAGAACAGCACACUCUCCAUUUGCUAGCACAGUUUAAUGAUCCUGGUGAGAUUCUAUCMGACUUGAKGAUCUUGGAGGCCUUUUCCAACCUUAACCAUCCUUAUUCUGUUUUUUAGUUGAAGAAAACUGAGGCACAAACCAGAUUUCUCCAGGAUUUCACAGAUGGUGUCUAGUGGAGCAGCACCAUAAAUCCAGAGCUCUAAAAUCCUGACUUUCUGGCAAUUAAACAUCUUUUCUCUCCUCUUUAGUCAUCAGUCUUUUUUUUCCCCUCAUCAGAGAUAUUUUGGGACGCAUCACGACUCCCAAAAGUUCCAACUACAGACAGUGACAUAACAGCUUUUGGGUUUUCAGAUUAAAUGACAUAUGUAAGGGAAAAUGAGAAAAUCAAAUGGCAUUUUCACUCUCAUCUAAUUCCCACACAUCCAAACGUGGCUGUGAAAUGUUUCUGGAAACAGUUGUAGCUUUCUUAAUUUAAAAAAAAAAUCAUCUCUAGCUGUUUCAUUCCAGGAAAUUGUGAUUGUUGGAUUCCAGAGCAACCUGCCUUUAAUGCUUUCUUUUCAAUUUUUAUUUAAUUCAAGAGUGGGGUAGAGGUUGGGGAAGAGAGACCUGCUGGAUCUUUGCUGGAUUCUUUUUACUGGGGUUUCUUCUUGAAUUCCCAUAUUCCCAUAAACCAGGAAGGAUAUGGAGUGAAUAUCUAGCAAGUUUAUUUCCAGGAAGACUUGAAUUUUGAAAACCAUGUAUUUUAUUAGCUGUUCUUUUUUUCAAUUUUAAGGCUGUUUGGUGUUUCAGGAACUGAAAUACCGACUUGACCAGGCUGGAGAUUUGGGUUUAACAACAAGAAUUCCUGGAUUCUGAUGGGAAGUUGCCUUGUGGCCUUUGAAUCUGCUGACAGUUACAGGCCUGAAGUGCCACAGAGAGGCAAUUUUGGAAGGCUGAGAUGGGUUUUGUUGCUUAUCAAGCACUGACACUGAUAAUUCCAAUGCAACACCAAGGCUGCGAUCGCAGGGGAGUGCUUGGCAUUGUUCUCCUGGGAACACACUGCUCUCUUUAAUAAUCUGAAUAUCCUUCUGUACUCUGAAAUGUGUGGUGUUUUUAAAGCUCCUCUGGAUGUGGGGGUGAUUCUGGAGGGKUUUUCCCAUUCAGGUGCACUGGAAUCCAGGAUUGGCGGCCCCAGUUCACUUUAGCCUCACUCAUGUUGAUUUUUUUCCUGUUUGAUGAAGUUUUCCGUGUUUUCCUGGGAUCUUUGGAUGCCUUGGGCUGGUGAAGUUCAUGGGUUCUUUUCACAAAUGAGGACUCUUGGUUCACAUCUUCUUUGUGGCCACUCCUGCUUCCAGCUGACCUGUCCUGAGGACGCUUAGCAUCUACCAAAGGGAUUUUUGAGUCAUUUGAUGACUGUCCUGGUGUUUUUCUAAUUUAGGUGAUAUUUCAGUGGGUGAUCUUUGUCUUUGUGUUGCUCAGACAAGAAGUGGGAACCAAAUCAGGUGAACAGGUUUGGGGUCAUUCUUUGAGGGGGAAUUUUUAAUUCUAGUUGAAAAAGUGAGAACUGAACCUUUGCCUUUGAUAACUAUGAGAACAUCUUUUAAUUUUUUAUCCCCUAGAACAUGGUGAUGAGUUUCCGAGUCUCAGAUCUUCAGAUGUUGCUGGGUUUUGUUGGCAGGAGUAAAAGCGGACUAAAACACGAACUAGUGACCCGAGCUUUGCAGCUGGUCCAGUUUGACUGCAGCCCUGAGGUGUUCAAGAAGAUCAAGGAGCUCUACGAGACCCGUUACAACAAGAAGGGCUCGGACGUGGCGCAGCCGCCGCCGCCGCCGCCGCMGCACCGGGCGGAAUCGCUGCCCCUUCACUCGUCCUACGAGCGCGGCAGCGCCGUGCCCCGGACUCUGCCCACCACCAACAUUGACUAUCCUGCCCUCUAUGGCAAAUACCUGAACGGACUGGGCAGGUUGCCCCCCAAAGUGGCCAAGCCCGAGGUUCGCUUGGUGAAGUUGCCCUUUUAUACCACUCUGGACGAGCUGUUGAAGCCGACAGAAUUAGUUCCACAGAAUAAUGAGAAGCUUCAGGAAAGUCCGUGCAUUUUUGCAUUAACACCAAGACAAGUGGAGCUGAUCAGAAAUUCCAGGGAGUUGCAACCCGGUGUGAAAUCRGUUCAGGUGGUGCUAAGAAUCUGCUACACAGACACCAGUUCCCCUCAGGAGGAUCAGUACCCUCCCAACAUCGCCGUCAAGGUGAACCACAGCUACUGCUCCGUGCCGGGCUACUACCCAUCCAACAAACCCGGGGUGGAGCCCAAGAGGCCCUGCAGACCCAUCAACCUCACCCACCUCAUGUACCUGUCAGCAGCCACCAACCGCAUCACGGUCACUUGGGGCAACUAUGGCAAGAGCUACUCGGUGGGGCUGUACCUGGUGCGGCAGAUGACCUCAGCAGAGCUGCUGCARAGGUUGAAAACCAUCGGCAUCAAACACCCGGAGCUCUGCAAAGCGCUCGUGAAAGAGAAGCUACGCCUGGACCCCGACAGCGAAAUCGCCACCACGGGCGUUCGAGUGUCCCUCAUCUGUCCGCUGGUGAAGAUGCGCCUGUCGGUGCCGUGCCGGGCCGAGACCUGUGCACACCUGCAGUGCUUUGAUGCCGUCUUCUACCUACAGAUGAAUGAGAAAAAACCCACCUGGAUGUGCCCUGUGUGUGACAAACCUGCCCCCUACGACCAGCUCAUCAUUGAUGGCCUCCUGUCCAAGAUCCUGACAGAAUGUGAAGAUGCUGAUGAAAUCGAGUACCUGGUGGACGGCUCCUGGUGCCCCAUCCGAGCCGAGAAGGAGCGGAGCUGCAGCCCUCAGUGUCCAAUCCUGGUUCUUGGUUCCUCGGAUGUGAACGGGCUGCUGGCCGCUCCCAACGGCAACGGCGAGAACGGCAAAGCCCCGGCGGACGUUGUGGAUUUAACACUGGACAGCUCAUCCUCGGAGGAGGACGAGGAGGAGGAUGAGGAGGAGGAUGAUGAUGAUGAGGGACCCCAGCCCAAACGACGCUGCUCUUAUGAGAAAGGUUUAGUCUCUGCCUGCUGACUGCAGCCACGGUUUGGAAUUCCCAACGGACAGACUUGAAUACUCUGGUGCUUAUUAAACUGGAGGAGGGGGAGAAUGUCCUCUCCCACCUCAUCUCCCACCUUCCCUCAUCUCCUGUGACUUUCCUAUUCCAAAUUACUCAUUAAAACGAGAGAGAAAAAAGAAAAAAACAAAAAACAAAAACAAAAAAACGACACAAACAACAAAACAAAAAAACCAUUGAGCUGCUUCUUGGUUGGAAAACAACCCCACUCAGAGCCUGACCCUGAACUGGAGCCUGAAGUAAGGAAAGUGUCUUAAGCCAGGCAGGAUCUUCCCUCCCCUGGAUCCCGGGAUYGGGGGAGYUSCCCUGCACACCUCCAGGACACCCACCCCUGCAUCUCCAAAGCCGUGUGCAGUUCGAUCCUCUUGUUAAUUAACCAUUCCUUAAUUAAUCUAAAGGUUUUGCUGGACAUG